UUGAUGAGAGACAGAAAGAGAGACAAUAAAGAGUAUGCUAUAUACCCAAACCCAUAAAGCCAAAGCUAGCCAUGACCAGAGCAAACAUUUCCCACUCCAUCUCCACCACUACCACCACAAGCACCAAUCCCAGCCGUCUCCGUCUCGCCGCCGCUACCAAUGCAGUCGCCUUAGUUAACUUUCUCUUCUUAGUCUACCACUCUCUCUGCCUCCAUGUCUCACUCGACCGGCCACUCCUCCCUCGCUGCUGCUGCUACUACUACUAGCUUGUACUGCGGUGAGGACACCGGCGACAUCGUCUCCUGUUGCUCAGACACGUUGAUCCCCGAUCAGCCCCCAUCUACGUCUCUCUUCGCUCAUUCUUCGCCGUCCGAUGAGUACACCAUUUCCGCGCUCAUCGACUCGGAGACCCACCACGUUCCCCACCCGGACUAUCUUAGACGCUGUCGUGACCGCUCGAUCGACGUUACCGCUCGCCAAGACUCCAUCAACUGGAUCUUGAAGGUGCAUGCGUAUUAUCACUUCAGACCGGUUACGGCUUUCCUCUCCAUCAACUACUUCGAUCGUUUCCUCUCCUACCAAUCUCUACCGCAACCAAAUGGGUGGCCUUUUCAGCUGCUAUCAGUGGCGUGUUUGUCUUUAGCGGCGAAAAUGGAGGAGCCCCAGGUCCCACUCCUGUUCGACCUUCAAGUAUUUGAGCCCAAGUUCGUCUUCGAAUCGAAAACGGUUCAGCGAAUGGAGCUAUGGGUCAUGGCCAUUCUCGACUGGAGAUUGCGCGCUGUCACGCCCUUCGAUUUCCUUGACUAUUUCAUCUCCAAACUCGCAUCUUCUUCGACUCCUAAACCCGAGCUCUUCAACCGCGUCUUCUCCGCUUGUUCGGAUCUCAUUCUGAGCACCACCCGCGCGAUCGAUUUCUUGGGUUUUUCGCCGUCGACAAUAGCUGCAGCUGCCGUGCUUUGUGCCACUGCUGGAGGUUCUGAUUCACUGGCGAUAGAUGGCAAAUUGCCUGUGGUUUUUCACGAGAGUGUAAACAAAGAAUCGGUGAUAAGCUGUCACCAACUAAUGGAGGAGUACCUGAUCGACACGUGUCCGGCGGCCGACCUUAAAGACCGCAGAUCGGAGGCGGCGGCGCCACCAAGCCCCAUCGGUGUCCUUGAUGCUGCUGCCUGUGGAAGCUGCGACACGCGGUCGGAGAACCCCGGCUCAAUUGAGUUGGCCGAAGCUGAAGCCGAGCCGCCAACGAAGAGGAUACGAAUGCCAUCCUCUGCGCCAGAUACUACAGAAGCGGUACUAAGAUAAGGCACCAACCAUGUCCUAUUUUUCUCUCUUUUCACAUCUUUUGUCAGAGAAAGAGAGGUCUCCUUUUUUUUUUCUUUUUUUUUAUUUAUUUAAAUUUUGUUCUUUUUUAGAAUCGUCGUUAAAGUCUUCUUUUUGGACCUCUGGAUUAUGAAAUGGACGGCCAGGAUUGGAACCAAA